AUGGAAGCAUUACAUCAACUUGAUAAAAGCGACAGCUUGUUAGGCCAUCAUCAUUAUGGCGCUCAAACUCUAAACUUCCAAAAGAGUGCAACCCAUUCAUAUCAAACUUGUUGCAGCAGAAAAUACAUUUCAGAAUUACAUGGUGAAGUUAUCUCUUCAAUUUUGACAGAACGUGAAAUUAAAGUUAACAAACUGUGA